GCAAAAGCAUAAAACAGAGCUAGAAAGCUCUUGGUGAUCAAUAUUAUUAACUGGUCUAUAUUAUUGGCUGAUAGAGCAUGGAUUGCACCAUGGCCAGUGUUCUUCCUUCAAGGUAAAUGCUAGUAACUUUCUACUUUAGUUUAGACUGACUGAUGACGUAUAGAUUGGAUGACCAAUUAUGGACGUAGUAAGGGCAUGUGCGCAUGUAUGAUCCAUUCAAUCUAAAGCUAUAAAUAUCUGAUGAUGAUUGUGAAUCUGUGAUGAUGGAUAACAACAUUUCAUAUCCGCCAUGCAUCGUCAUCAUCAUACUUCCCCCCAUUCAUGGCCCUCUCCAUCUCUCCCAGCUCUCUCAUCAACAUCUCCACCUCCGCCUCUGAGCUCCACUAAUGGCUCUGCCCAUGCCCAUGCCCACCCUCUCCUCCCCUAUCUGGACCUCGCCCACUCCUCUAUCCAGCUCAAACAAAUCCAUGCCCAAGCCCUCAAAUUCCCUCCUCAUCCCCACCUCCUCCUCCUCCAUUCCCGCCUCAUCCACUCUAUCUCCCUCUCCGGCGACCUCCUCUACUCUCUCCGUCUCCUCCUCCACCCUUUCCCCCUUCUUCUCCCCACCUCCUUCUCCUUCAACUCCCUCAUCCGUUCCUUCUCACGCUCCCCCUCCCUCAAACCCCUCUCUCUCCAACUAUACCUUCAAAUGCUACUCCUUUCCUUAUCCCCCGAUAACCACACCUUCCCUUUCGUCCUCAAGUCUUGCGCUUUCCUUUCCUCCUCCUCCUUCGGCUCCCAGCUUCAUUCCCACAUCGUCAAGCUCGGCUUCUCCUCUGAUAUCUAUAUUCUCAACAGUCUUGGUCACUUCUACUCCUCUUGUGGCAAGUUAUCUCUUGCACGCCAACUGUUCGAUGGAAUGCCUUUGAGAAAUCGCGUGUCUUGGAAUAUCAUGAUUGAUGGCUGUGUCAUGUGCGGUGAGUACGAGACUGCGUUGGAACUGUUUAGAGAUAUGCAAAGCCAGUUCUCGCCUGACGCAUACACAAUGCAGAGCGCCCUCUGCGCGUGUGCUGCGCUCGGCGCGCUGUCACUUGGGAUGUGGGCGCACGCCUUCGUGUUGAGGAAAUGCGAUGCCAGUGUUCAAAAUGAUGUUUUGAUUAACAACUCGUUGAUAGAUUUGUACUCAAAAUGUGGGGAUAUUGUCAUGGCCCGCAGGGUGUUUGAUGAAAUGCCGCAAAGGGAUGUGACUUCUUGGAAUGCAUUGAUUCUUGGACUUACAAUGCACGGUCAAGUUGAGGAUUCAUUGUUGGCCUUUGUUCAGAUGAUUUCAGACGUCGAAGGUGAUAAACUGAGGCCAAAUUCGAUCACUUUUAUCGGUGUCUUGAGUGCUUGCAAUCAUGGUGGAUUAGUGACUGAAGGACAAAAAUAUUUUCGAUCCAUGGUUGAUGAAUUUGGCAUCAAACCACAAUUGGAGCAUUACGGUUGCAUGGUUGAUAUUCUAUCUCGUGCUGGUCACAUAGAAGAGGCUUUAGAACUAGUCAAGAACAUGAAUUGCAAACCUGAUGUCGUGUAUGGAGAAGCAUUCUUGAUAUGGAGAAGCAUUCUUGAUGCAUGUUGCAAGAGAAAUGCCGGAGUUGAGUUCAGUGAGGCAGUGGCACAGCGAGCUCUUGAAUCAGAGCUAGUGGCAACAAGCGGUGUUUAUGUGCUGCUCUCGAAAGUCUACGCCUCUGCAAACCGAUGGAAUGAAGUAGGCUUGGUUCGAAGACUGAUGAGCGAAGAAGGGAUCAAGAAAGAGCCCGGCUGUAGCUCUAUAGAGAUUGGUGACGGCAUUGUUCAUGAAUUUGUUGCAGGUGAUUCAUCGCAUCCAAAGUCGAAGGAGAUUUAUGAGAAGCUGAAUGAAGUUGAAUGCAAACUAGUAAUGGCUGGUUAUGUGCCGGAUUCGUCUCAAGCUCCAUUGGUGGCUGAAGUUGAUGGUGUUAAGUGUGAGUCUCUUCGUCGGCAUAGUGAGAGGCUUGCUAUAGCAUUUGGUCUGAUCAGUACAAAACCUGGGAUGACAAUUCGAGUGCUCAAGAACUUGAGGAUUUGCAGAGAUUGCCAUGAAAUUGCCAAGUUGAUCUCAAAACUGUAUUGUAGAGAGAUUGUUGUGAGAGAUAGGGCUAGGUUUCAUCAUUUUAGAGAUGGUUCAUGUUCUUGCAUGGAUUAUUGGUGAUGAUAUCCGUUUAAUUUCCAUGAAAAUUAUUAAUGAAUACAUAUAUAUAUAUAUA